UUUUUGAUAAAUGUCCUAUCCCAGAAAAAGAGAAAUGGGACCCUGCACCUUGUUUUGGCUCCUUGACACCCCAGGAAGGAUGAAAGAGGUGGAUCCUGCCAAGCUAGCGAGGAUAGAAGGGGGAAGAUGGACAGUUGACCUGGUCAGGUUGUCUCCUGCAUCCCUCCCCACAACUUCUGAGCUUUCCCUCUCAGGGACCUCUGAGAGAUCUGAUGGUGAUGAAUUGGAAGGGAGAAACAAUGGGUACCACAACAAAAUCCACAUAGCAGAGAAGUCAUGUGACUAUUCAGAGUGUGGAGAGAAUAUCUGUCAGAGCUCCCAGUCUACCUCACAUCAGAGAAAGAGCGUCAUUCGUAGGGAUAGAUUCACUUCACGUGAAAGAACUGACAGUAGAGAGAACUUGUAUCAGUGCAGAGAAUGUGGAAAGAGUUUCACUCGGAAAGGCAGUCUUGCUUCCCAUCAGAGAAUUCAUACAGGAGAGAAACCGUAUAACUGCAUGGAAUGUGGAAAGAGCUUUACUUGUAGCUCCCAUCUCACUUGCCACCAAAGAAUUCAUACAGGAGAGAAACCCUAUCAGUGCUUGCAGUGUGGAAAGAGCUUCAGUCGGAAGGAUCAUCUCACUUCCCAUCAAAGAAUUCAUACAGGGGACAAACCCUAUCAGUGCUUGGAAUGUGGAAAGAACUUCAGAAAAAGCUCCCAUCUCAGUUCCCAUCAAAAAAUUCAUACGGGGGAGAAACCCUAUCAGUGCUUCGAAUGUGGAAAGAGCUUCAGCGAGGCGUCCUAUCUCACUUCUCAUCAAAGAAUCCAUACAGGGGAGAAACCAUAUAAAUGCCUGGAAUGUGGAAAGAGCUUCAGUGAUAAGCGAAGUCUCACGUCCCAUCAAAGAAUUCAUUCAGGGGAGAGAACACAUCAGUGUUCAGAAUGUGGAAAGAGAUUUCGGGAUGAGAUUAAGCUCUCUUCCCAUCAAAUUGUUCAUACAGGGGAGAAACCCCAUCAGUGCUUAGAAUGUGGAAAGAGCUUUCGUCACCGGCUGAGUCUCACAUUCCAUCAAAGAAUUCAUACAGGGGAGAAACCCUAUCAGUGCUUAGAAUGUGGAAAGAGCUUUAAUCAAAGCACACAUCUCACUUCCCAUCGAAGAAUUCAUACAGGGGAGAAACCCUAUCAAUGCCUAGAAUGUGGAAAGAGCUUCAGUCUCAGGCAGAGUCUCACUACCCAUCAAAGAAUUCAUACAGGGGACAAACCCUAUCCGUGCUUGGAAUGUGGAAAGAGCUUCCGGGAGAAGGCUAAGCUCUCUUCCCAUCAAAGAAUUCAUACAGGGGAGAAACCUUUUCAAUGCCAUGAGUGUGAAAAGAGCUUUCGUCACCGAGCCACUCUCACUUCCCAUCAAAAAAUUCAUACCGAGAAGAGACCCUAUCACUGCUUGGAAUGUGGGAUGAGGUUCAAACGAUCGGAUUCUCUCACUGCUCAUCAAAGAACUCAUACAGGUCAGAAACCAUAUCAGUGCCUUGAAUGUGGGAAGAGCUUCAGUCAAGGCUCAAAUCUCAAGACCCAUCAAAGAAUUCAUACAGGGGAGAAACCCUAUCAGUGCUUGGAAUGUGGAAAGAGUUUUCGUCAGAAAGGUGAUCUCGCUUUGCAUGGAAGAGUCCAUACAGGGGAGAAACCCUAUCAGUGCCUGGAAUGUGGGAAGAGCUUCAGACUCAGUCACAAUCUCACUAAGCAUCAGAGAAUUCAUACAGGAAGGAAACUCUAUCAUUGCUUCGAAUGUGGAAAGAGCUUUAGUAACCCUUCCCAUCAAAGAAUUCAUACAGGGGAGAAACCAUAUCAGUGUUUGGAAUGUGGAAAGAGCUUCCGUUUCAGUCAGAGUCUCACUACGCAUCAAAGAAUUCAUACAGGGGAGAAACCUUUUCAAUGCCUGGAAUGUGGAAAGAGCUUUCGUCAGAGAGGUGAUCUCACAACCCAUCAAAGAACUCAUACAGGGGAGAAACCCUAUCAGUGCUUGGAAUGUGGAAAGAGCUUCAGAGGCUCUUCUCAGCUCACGGCCCAUCAAAGAAUUCAUACAACAGAGAAACCAUAUCAGUGUUUGGAAUGUGGAAAAAGCUUCAGUGAGAGGGCCAAUCUCAUUUCCCAUCAAAGAAUUCAUACAGGGGAGAGACCAUAUCAGUGUUUGGAAUGUGGAAAGAGCUUCAGUCAGAGCACUCAUCUCACUUGCCAUCAAAGAAUCCACACUGGGGAGAAGCCCUAUCAGUGCUUGGAAUGUGGAAAAAGCUUCACCUGGAAGAAAAGUCUCACUUCCCAUCAAAGUAUUCAUACAGGGGAGAAGCCAUAUCCAUGCUUGGAAUGUGGAAAAAGCUUCAGUGAGAUGGGCAAGCUCACGGCCCAUCGAAGAAUUCACAGUGGGGAAAAAGCAUAUCAGUGCUUGGAAUGUGGAAAGAGCUUCAAUAAAAGCGCCAAUCUCACAUCCCAUCAAAGAAUUCAUACAGGGGAGAAACCAUAUCAGUGUUUGGACUGUGGAAAGAGGUUCAGUCAGAGUGCCAAUCUCACAACCCAUGAAAGAAUUCAUACAGGGGAGAAACCCUACCAGUGCUUGGAAUGUGGAAAAAACUUCAGAGAGAGGGGCAAUCUCACGUCCCAUCAAAGAAUUCACAGUGGGGAGAAGCCAUAUCAGUGCUUGGAGUGUGGAAAGAGCUUCAGUAAGAGUGCCUAUCUCACAUCCCAUCAAAGAAUUCAUACCGGCGAGAAACCCUACCAGUGCCUGGAAUGUGGAAAGUGCUUCACCUGGAAAGAAAGUCUCACUUCCCAUGAAAUGAUCCAUACAGGGGAGAAACCCUAUCAGUGUUUGGAAUGUGGAAAGAGCUUCAAUAAGAGCACCUAUCUCACAUCCCAUCAAAUAAUUCAUACAGGGGAGAAGCCAUAUCAGUGCUUGGAAUGUGGAAAGACCUUCAGUCGGAGCACCAAUCUCACGGCACAUCAAAGAAUUCAUACAGGGGAAAAACCAUAUCACUGCAUGGAAUGUGGAAAGAGCUUUACCUGGAAAGAAAGUCUCAUUUCCCAUCAAAUAAUUCAUAAAGGCGAGAAACCAUAUCAGUGUAUGGAAUGUGGAAAGAGUUUCAGUGAGAGUGUCCAUCUCACUGCCCAUCAAAUAACUCAUACAAGGGAGAAACCCUACCAGUGCAUGGAAUGUGGAAAGAGCUUCUGUAAGAGGGCCAAUCUUACUUCCCAUCAGAGAAUCCACACUGGAGAGAAACCCUAUCAGUGCUUGGAAUGUGGAAAGAGGUUUAAUACAAGCACAAACUUCCGCCGACAUCAAAGUAUUCACCGUGGGGAGAAACCAUAUCAAUGCUUGGAAUGUGGAAAGAGCUUCAGUCAGAGCACCCACCUCACUUCCCAUCACAGAACUCACAAAAGAGAGGAACAAUAUCAUUUCUCGUAGUGUGGAAACAGCUUCAGUCAGAACAUCAAUCUCAUGACCCAUAAAAUAAUUCAUAUAGGGGAUAAACCAUAUCAAUGCUUCUAAUGUGCUAAGAGCUUAAUUCAGAGAAUCCAUCUCACUUCCCAUGAAAGUUCUUCCAGAGGAGAGAAUCAUAAAAUUGUAGCAAUGGAUCGACCCUGAGGUUCAUUUGCCCCAAUCCCCUCAAGGCUAGAAUCUCAGCUAAAAUAUCUCAGACAGAUGGCCACCCAAUCAUUCUGUGGGAAUUCCCUUCCAAUGUUGAAUAGCUAUUAUGGUAUUGUCUGAGUUCUUGUCUGAUGUUUACUUGGAAUCUCCUUUAUUGUUACUUUAAUCCAUGGCUUCAGGUCCUGCUCCCGGAGCAAGAGAACACAAGUUUUCUCCAUGUGACAGCCCUUUUGAUCUCAGAAGACGGCUAUUGUAUCUCGGGCUCCAUUUGUAUGUAAAGUUGUAUGCACCUGUAUCAAAGUAAUUCAUAAUGAUAAGUCUAGUAUAAUAGUAGAUUUAAGGUACUGUUAGCUAGGGAGGUGGGGCAGAGUGAGUUUGGAAUGCUGGGGUGAGAGGUGAUUGGCUGAGUUUCAAAGGAGGUUUGAAUAAAUACGGUGUCUGAAAAGUAGUCAUAAACAAUGAAUGAAACAUUAAAAAUAUACAAUCAAGCUGAACAAUUUCCACAACAA